AGUCACGCCCUUCUCAAAGAUGGCGGGCCCCACGUCCCUCCCUCAACCUGGACGUUGGCGAUUGCUUCCUAUGAAUUGUAGGUUAAUCUAAUCCCGUGUUGCUUACGUGACCAAAGUCAAUAUGGCAGCCACAGCCCUUUGUCAUUUAAGGGGUGUGAAACCAUUUAUUUCUUUCUUCCUCGCUGAAAAUGAUCAUUCCCGUCUGGCGCCUGUGUUUGGAGGCGUGGCUGCCAGGAAUUAAAAUGGCUGCUUCCUGUGAUAGAUUUAAUAGGGAGUGAAGCUGUGACGGCGAGGCGUUGCCCGGCCGUUUUUUGCUGGACGUUCUGGCAGGCAGUUCUCUUUGCCCUUACUAGACAUGGCGCUCGCCAGUGUGUUGGAGAGACCGCUACCCGUGAACCGGAGCGGGUUUUUCGGACUCGGGGGUCGUGCGGAUCUGCUGGACCUGGGUCCAGGGAGUCCCGGCGAUGGGCUGAGCCUGGCUGCGCCCAGCUGGGGUGUCCCAGAGGAGCCGAGAAUUGAAAUGCUUCAUGGAACCACCACCCUGGCCUUCAAGUUUCGCCAUGGAGUCAUUGUUGCAGCAGACUCCCGGGCCACAGCAGGUGCCUACAUUGCCUCCCAGACAGUAAAGAAGGUGAUAGAGAUCAACCCCUACCUGCUGGGCACCAUGGCUGGGGGUGCAGCGGAUUGCAGCUUUUGGGAGCGGCUGUUGGCUCGGCAAUGUCGAAUCUAUGAGCUUCGAAACAAGGAACGCAUCUCAGUAGCAGCUGCCUCCAAGCUGCUUGCCAACAUGGUGUAUCAGUAUAAAGGCAUGGGGCUGUCCAUGGGCACCAUGAUAUGUGGCUGGGAUAAGAGAGGCCCUGGCCUCUACUACGUGGACAGUGAAGGAAACCGGAUUUCAGGGGCCACCUUCUCUGUAGGUUCUGGCUCUGUGUAUGCUUAUGGGGUCAUGGAUCGAGGUUACUCCUAUGACCUGGAGGUGGAAGAGGCCUAUGAUCUGGCCCGUCGAGCCAUCUAUCAAGCCACCUACAGAGAUGCCUACUCAGGAGGUUCGGUCAACCUCUACCAUGUCCGGGAGGAUGGCUGGAUUCGAGUCUCCAGUGACAAUGUAGCUGAUCUACAUGACACGUAUAGUGGAUCUACCCCCUGAAGGAGGGCAUAUAUGGCUGCUUGCGUUUCUUGGGGUGACUUGUUGGUAAUAUGGGUACAGCUCCCCAUCGUCUAGUGGAGGGGUCCCCGAUUGUAUCCAUCAUUUUGUUAAAUCUCUGGUUCAUUGACCUCCAUGUGUUACCAGUUGUUAACGAGCUACUGCAGAGGUAAUUAUUUGCUUUACUUUCUUGGAUGUUAACAUUACACUACUUGACCUCAGCCU